AUGGAGAUCGUGAGCGAGAUCGAGACCAGGAUCAAGGUGUGUCGGGUUUCAGGCAAUGGAUCCCAAUUGUCGUGUUUCGUCACCUUCAAUCACGUGACUAUCAGCCCCCUUGUCCCAGCAUCGCACCAGCCAGGUGUGGAGAUGGUCUUCGUCGUCGCUCACGCUGCAGAGAUGGACUUCUACGCUGUUCAUGCGUCGGAGAUGGACUCCUACAUCAUUCACGCCGCAGAGAUGAACUUCUACGUCGUUGAUGCCAUGGGAGAUGGACUCCUAUGUUGUUCGCGAUACCCAGCAGGUGGAGGCCAUACUCUAUGUGGAGGUUAUAACAAAUUUCGACAGAAGAGGAGGGAAGGAUUUGGAAGAACGGAAGUUGAUCCCCACUCCAGGCCCUACAUGGCUUACUUACAAAUUGAAAAUGAGACUGGACACCCGCUAUCUUUUUCAGCAUCCUUCCCCGCUACAGAGACAAAUAUUUCUGACUCUGAAGGGUUCCUGAUUCAGCCAGAUGCAGUGCUCUCAGCAGCUCACUGUGUGCAUGGAAAAGGAAAGGUGAAUAUCACUGUGACCCUGGGAGCCCACAACAUAACUUAUCAAGAACCAAGCCAGUAGAAGAUCCGAGUUGGAUGUUGGGUCAUCCAUCCCAGAUACUUAAAUUAUAGAUCUGGAAAUGAUAUCAUGCUGCUGAAGCUGAAGAGAAAGGCCAAGACCACUAAGUACAUGAAACCAAUCUCCUUGCCUAGAUACAAUGAUGGUGUGGCACCAGGAACUAAAUGUAGUGUGUCUGGCUGGGGCAGUAUAUGGAUAACAGGGUGUGAGAUUGAUGUGAUGAUAUAGGCAGACCAGGAGGUGCAGCAUGAGGAAAUGUAUAAGCAGACUUUUAAUCCAUACAGUCCUCCAGCUAUGAUCUGUGCAGGUGCUAUGCAUGGCAGAAAAUCAAUUUUCAUAAGUGAUUCUGGUGGCCCACUAUUCUGCAAUCAGAAGGCCCAUGGCAUUGCUUCUCUUGGAUAUGAAUUCAGACACUUCCCUAAUGUAUUUACCAACAUCUCUUAUUUUGAGGCCUACAUCAAUGAACAGCUGAGAAAGUUUGCAAUCCAAGAGCUACCUGGCACUCCCUCCAGUGACUAA